AUGGAUUACAGCAUUACUUUGCUUGAUGAAGACAGUGCUGAUUACACUGAUUACACGAUGAGUGAUUGGCAAAAAAAUUGUGUUAGAGUAACUCGUAACGGCAAGCAAAUAAUUAUAGGUUCAAGCAUGAGACGGCGCCUGAUGUUGCUCACUGCUCUCCAACUUUCAGAAAGAAUUGCAGCACUAAUUGGUGUAUCGUCUGCUUCUGACUUUACUGAAGAUUUAAUAUUCUAUCAGUUAUCCGAAAGCAAAAAGAAGAAUUAG